AUGUCUUCCGGUGCUCCUAGCAACUUGCCCGCUAUGACCCCUUCUGCUGCGCCUGUGCAGGCGCAGGUGCCGGCUCCCUCGCCACUGCUGCUAGUGUUGUUGGGGCUGUUGCCGCUGUGCCCAACCAGGGCCAGAAACGCUCUCAGACUGGAAAGUGCUGGGAGUGUGGCCGUCGUGGCCACUCAAAAAAAGAAUUGCCCACGGCGACGCAAGGAUACUCGGCCCGGCAAAGCACCUACUAGUGCUGCUUCUGUUGCCGGCGUUGGCGCUCGCGCCAACCAGUCUCGGGCUUUGGCCCCGAUUCAUGCUGUUCGGGGGUUCAUCCCCAGAUUCGCGAAUGUGUCCGGACCUAUUGUGAUCAACUUUGGCUCGGGUCCUGUUGGCCCUGUGGGCCCGACAACUGUCGGUGCCUCUGUCGACAGUUUGCCGAUCCAAGAAUGGGCUGGUCGUGUUGCUGGCUUCGGCCAGUUAUGUCAAUCGCAAUCCUGGGGCCGUGAUGUUGAACACGUUGGUCAUCUUACCCUCCCUCUUUCACCACCCAGCGUUGACUCUUUGCCCACUAUGGGCACAAAACCCCCCGCCUUCGCCCUUGCCAGAGGGUAUACUGGCAAUGAUAAUGACUCCGAUAAGGACAUGGAACUUGCUCCACCUAUUGCCAACACCGCCAACGAGGUGUUGGCCUCUCCAAUUCCGCCCAUCCACACUCUCCCACCAGUCGCCCCCUGGUUUUUAUCAGACACGAGCUACUUCCCCGGGCGAAUUAGCCCAUAG